AACAACUUGACCAACCAGAAAACCAACCAUGUGUGACGACGAGGAGACUACCGCCCUUGUGUGCGACAAUGGCUCUGGCUUGGUCAAGGCUGGAUUUGCCGGAGAUGACGCUCCCCGUGCUGUCUUCCCCUCCAUUGUUGGCAGACCCCGUCACCAGGGUGUGAUGGUGGGUAUGGGUCAGAAGGACAGCUACGUAGGUGAUGAGGCUCAGAGCAAGAGAGGUAUCUUGACCCUGAAGUACCCCAUUGAGCACGGCAUCAUCACUAACUGGGACGACAUGGAGAAGAUCUGGCACCACACCUUCUACAAUGAGCUGCGUGUGGCCCCUGAGGAGCACCCAACCCUGCUCACUGAAGCCCCCCUCAACCCCAAGGCCAACAGGGAGAAGAUGACUCAGAUCAUGUUUGAGACCUUCAACGUCCCUGCCAUGUAUGUGGCUAUCCAGGCUGUGCUGUCCCUCUACGCUUCCGGCCGUACCACCGGUAUUGUGCUGGAUGCUGGUGAUGGUGUGACCCACAACGUCCCCGUCUAUGAGGGUUACGCUCUGCCCCACGCCAUCAUGCGUCUGGAUCUGGCCGGUCGUGAUCUGACUGACUACCUGAUGAAGAUCCUGACUGAGAGAGGCUACUCUUUCGUGACAACAGCUGAGCGUGAGAUUGUGCGCGACAUCAAGGAGAAGCUUUGCUAUGUGGCUCUGGACUUCGAGAACGAGAUGGCCACCGCCGCCUCCUCCUCCUCCCUGGAGAAGAGCUACGAGUUGCCCGACGGUCAGGUCAUCACCAUCGGCAAUGAGCGUUUCCGCUGCCCCGAGACCCUGUUCCAGCCUUCCUUCAUUGGUAUGGAGUCUGCUGGCAUCCAUGAGACCGCCUACAACAGCAUCAUGAAGUGCGACAUUGACAUCCGUAAGGAUCUGUACGCCAACAACGUCCUCUCCGGCGGUACCACCAUGUACCCUGGUAUUGCUGACCGUAUGCAGAAGGAGAUCACCGCUCUGGCCCCCAGCACCAUGAAGAUCAAGAUCAUUGCUCCCCCUGAGCGUAAGUACUCCGUCUGGAUCGGUGGCUCCAUCCUGGCUUCUCUGUCCACCUUCCAGCAGAUGUGGAUCACCAAGCAGGAGUACGACGAGGCAGGUCCAUCCAUCGUCCACAGGAAGUGCUUCUAAACCAACAGCAAUCUCUCAGUCUCUCAGCCGUACAUUUGUACUGUCUCUUUUACUGUAUAUACAUGUCAUGUUGUAAUAAAAACAGAUAAGUGAUAAGA